UACAAAGUUAUCAACAGCUUCCACAACCAUCAUUUAGUGUUCAAGAUCGUAGUUCAUCUUCACCUAUAAUAGAUACAAUAUAUACUAUAUUUCAUAAUACAGUAGCUCAAAAGAGAGCUAUUGAACUUAUAAGCAACUCGGAAAAAGAACUAUCAGAAUUAAGAGCUAUGGCUCGAAUUACCUUUAAUGUUAAACUUCGUUCUGAGCUUAGUUCGCGUAUAACCUCAGCCCAAAAAAUAGUUGAGAAACAAGAAAACAG